GCCAAUUACAUCGCUCCUCUUGAAUGACGUAAUUCGAGAUAGGCCUCUGCGUAUACCUACCACAGGUCCAACCACCAUAACAGGUAGGCAUGACACUUGAGCCACAACCAACAACGUCCCGGUUAUACCGCGCCACAAUUACGCAUGUGUUCCCAGGCAAAGCAGCCGCAAGUCAGCCGGCGCAUCCUACCGCUGGUUCGAAUGACAGACUGUCUGGCUCCUGAGCAUAGUAUAGGAUGGAUUGUCGCUCGGGGAUCGUUGCAGCUGCCUGCCUACUCGUCACCUUUUUAACGGCAUUAUCGGUUAGGACGCUAGGAUUGUUCUACGUGACAUUCCUUGGCCACUUUAACUGGACAAGGGAACAGGUGGUGUGGCCCGUGUGUAUGGUCACGGCGCUACUGAAUUUUGGAGGCCUUGUACAUGCCAUCCUCAAGCCAAAGAUAUCCUGCAGCUUCCUUGCUUUGUUUGCCAGCAUUGUACAUGCCUUCGGUGUGUUUUCCGCAUACUUCGUAGACACUGUUUCCAACAUGGUUCUCACCUUCGGUAUCUUUACAGGUCUUGGAGCUGGAGUGGUGUUCAUCGCAAUGGGUGCUUUCAUUAAGGACUAUUUCGACGAUCGGAUGCGGAACCUGGUGCAAAGUGCUAACGUCAUUGCCUUCUGCAUGGCUGGUUGCGUUUUCCCAAAAGUUUUGCUGGUGACACGAAUCGCGUACGGCUACGACGGAUACAUACUCGUUAUGGGAGCGCUCCUGUCAGUUGUGCCGGUGCUUUGUUGUCUCCUGGAGUUUUGCAGAAGAAAAAAUGUUCUUCAGCAGCAACCGCCGUCCACCAUGUGCACGAUCACCAUGUCCCACGAAGCAUUGGCAAUGCCUGCGUCCAAACCUCCACGACCACAGUACGGGUCUAUCUUCCGCGCUCCCAUGUUCUACCUGAUCACCGUAUCAUAUGCGGUGUUCAUCUACACCUUCACUUUCUUCAUGUCGUCACUUAUCGACGUCGCCUUCGACAAAGGAAUCACUCCGACGUACGCCAUAACCAUCGUCCCGCAGUAUUCAGUAGCAGAAAUCGUUGGAAGGGUCGUGGUUCCCGCAAUUCUGCCCACCAAGCAGCACCGCCGUGUGAUCUUCAUGGUUGACUACCUGGUGAUCGGCACUGUCCUCCUUCUGGUACCGCUUACGUACAGCUACGUGACCCUGCUGUUUGCUUGCCUCAGUAUGGGAGUGUUCAACGCGUCGGUGAUAGCCCUGCAGGGUGUACUCGUUGCCGAUUACGUUCACAAAGAUCUCCAGCACUUCGCCAACAUUCUCAUCAACAUACUCACGGGUUGUUCCUUCCUCACCAAACCCUUUGUCGCAGGCUUCUUCAGAGACGUCUUGGGUUCGUACGGCCCAAUGCAACAGACGCUCGGUUCGCUGGUGCUGCUCAGUGGCGUCGCUUGGGCCAUCGUCAACUGCGCCAGGGUAGCUUCCUGGAGAGCUAUUUGGACUAAGGAUAUGCACGAGCCUCAUAUACAUGAACCUAUAGAUGUAGGCCUUGUGAGCUACCAGCUCCUUUAUGGGUACUAAUGACUGUAUGCAGAGCAACGAGCCCAAUAUCUUGACGAAAUGUUGGCUCGACAACAGGAGUACUGGUGAAAUACUGGACUAAUACUAUAGUCAAAUAUUCCGAAUAUUGGGCCAAGAUGUCGUGCUGCUUGAGUAAGUCCUCGACAGAAAGAGAGAGCGAAAAAAGAGUAAAAUUCAUUCUUGUCGUUGAUAAUGACAAUAAAAUAAAAUGAUUUCCC